GUCACAUCUAAAACAUUCGGCUGCUGUGGAGAAUGCAUUUGACCAGGCCAAAGUCCUCGAAAGGGCGUAGUCGACCCAACCUGAGCCACACGCCAAACAUGGAUGUGGCUGACAGCUUCCACAACACACCACUGAUCCCGAAGCCUCCUUCAAUGGACUACGACAGGUCAGAUCGUUGCCUCCGCUCCCGCUCUCAAUCCCUCUUCAGGCAGAGCAGCCAGCUGAGCGUGAAACAAGACCCAGACUCCCUAGAUACUGUUCCCAAGGUACCCACUCUUCCCUUCCCUUGGAACAAAUACAAGCCCCUCCCCUCUAUUGAGAAGAAGACGUCAGAGGAGGGUAUCUCUUUGAGGGGCAUGGAGGAGAAGACAUCCAAGCUCAGUCUGUCCGACAGCCUUAUUGUCCAGGCUCGGCAAGGGCACGGGGAGCAUCAGCUGUCCUCAGUGAGGACCCGAGCAGAAUCCCGGAGCAACCCGGAGAUAGGCAACGUGUCUGAGGUGCUUUGCAAGGUCUGCCCCACUCCCAACCUCAGCGUGAUGGCCACAACCCCAGAGGCAGAAAGCCCACCAGUAUUCUCCCCUGGCACUCCUGAUCCUUUGAGCUUACUCCUUGCCAUCCGUGCUCCGUGUGGUAGGAGGUUUGAGUACCACUUCCUACCCACAGACACCCUACUGACGGUGCUUGCCAGUGCAGAGGCCAGGUAUGGGGCCAGAUAUGAGCAUGGUUACAUUGAGAUCGUGGAUGGCUACAUUAAGAGUGUUGUGGAUAGACCCCUCCGAAGGACAUUCACAGACUUGAACAUGACUUUGGCCCAAUGUGGCAUUUUAAAUAGAUCAGUACUGUGCAUCUUUCAGUUGGAUAUGGACUCUGCCUGAACUCAAGAUGGAUGACACAGUAUAACAAACAUUAAAGUUAUGACAAGUAGGCCUAUAUAUUAUAUUAACAAUGAAGCCAUAUGUUUUUAGAGGAAAGAGUGCUUGUUUCCAUUGUAAAGAGGUGCUUAGGAAGGUGUGUUUUGCAUUUAAGGUUAAAAAAAACUUGCCUUUUCUCACAGCCACUGUGCCACAGAAUAAGCCCAGACAGACAUACUUUAGGUAAGUAAUCUUUAUUACAACCACCA